GCUUAAUCGCGACAGUCAUUUCACCUUCAGCAAAACAACACGCCUCGCAUUACCGAUGCUGCCAGUUACCACUGUCUUGUCCGAUUCUCAUCCUGCAUUCAUGUUUCCCCCAUGAACUCAAGACCUUUGAUCCUCUCUUUUGUUCCUUGGCGUUGAUUAUCUCGCUGUCAUGGAUCCCGGCAACCAGCAGAGCCCUGAACAGCAGUCGGCCGAACGCCAACUCGCAGAUAGAUCUCCUGCCAACUCACGUCCUAGUAACGCGAGUGGAACCACCCAGCCGCAAACACAGCCUGGUCUGGAGCCACUCGCUGAAGGCACUGCUCCCAAGAAACGGAAGCAUCAUGGGCACAGAAGACGCAGACACCGUCGACAGUCCUUCGCCCCGCCGCCCGACACGCCUAGGCCAGACUCCGAUACUGGGCGAGCUGGUGUCUCCCCUGGGCGAGGAGAUGGAUCUCAAUCCACCAGUACAACUGCGAUUCAGCACCGUGCUUCCGUUUACCGUCUUGGCCAAUUGGGCCGUAACAACCCGAGUGAGACAAGUCUGGACAGCGAUGCUUUGUUGGAUCACAGACACCAGCCAAUGAUGCGCCCGCGUCGGGAGAGCCGGCUUGCGCAGAGCUAUCGUCCGGAACCACAACAACUUUCCGCUCGGCCCCCGGUUCGAGCCCAAACUCCUACUGCCGCGUCCCAGGUGAUGGAUGAGGAGGAAUCCGAGGAAGAAGACGAUCGAACACCGUUGAUAAAGCCCAGCUCUAUCCAUAACUCCAGUUUUGUGCGGUACGGGACAAGUGCAGGCACAGAAGAACAUUCAGUUGCUCCCUCGCCCGAAGGCCGGAAGUCGGUAGCAUCGUCUUUCCGCUCAACCGUUCCGUACUCUAUCGGCACUGCCCGUAGCUUAAGACGAGGAUACGAUGUUAACAAUCCGCCUUCAGUCCCCGGAAGCCCUCACACGGGCCCAGAGACUGGCUUCGAUGACCCGAUGAUUGGUGGCCAUGACUUCGACCACACGUCUCCGGAACACACUAGCGCAGUCAGUGUGCCUUGCCAUGUUAUAGAUGUUGACGGAGAAGGGCAUGGCUCUAUGAGUAACUCGUCGGCUACUUCCCAAAAAUUCGUCUCUCCAGAGCUCCAGCGACGACGGACAGUUACUCUUCCUGUUGAAGAAGACGUUUGCUUUCCAGGCGCAUUGUCGGAUUUGGGUGAAGAAGAUUACCCUCCUCGUCCCCCGCUAGAAGACACCUUUGGAGCAGACGUGAUCAAGGGGUUUGCAAAGCGGUGCAACGAGCAGUGGGAGGUCGCACCUAAGUCUGAAAUUGGACUUUAUCUCGGCGAUAUUCAAGACCACAUCGUUACUAUGACGAGUAACUUGAACCAUUAUGAAACGCUGCUAUCACGGGCGCACUCGAACUAUCUCGCACAAAUCAACAUCCGCAUGAACGAGCGGCAGGAGAAGACCGCUGACGUACUCGGCAAGCUUACUGUCCUUGGUACCAUCGUACUCCCCAUGAAUAUCAUCUGCGGCAUGUGGGGUAUGAACGUCAAAGUUCCUGGGCAGGAUAUUGACAAUUUAUACUGGUUCUGGUCCAUCACCGCCGGCCUCGUUGUCUUCGCAGUUGCCUGUUUCUACAUCGCCAAACGAGUGUACGGAAUUGUAUAG